AUGCAAAUUUCAAUAAAAACGUUUAUUAAAUUGAAGACGAAAAAUAAUGAUGCAAACAUUUUGCCAGUUGAUUACACUCAAAACUGUCAAACAUCGGAAAAUUCAAGCACUGAAUUUCAAACUAACUUCCCGCCAGGCAAAGCAGCUGGAAAUAAAACAAUAUUGGCUCAUGGUAAUGUGCGAACAAUUCGAGAAGUACCAACUAUAUCCUAUCAGAUUGGAUCGCAAAAUCUAACAAUGAAUAUGCAAUAUAAUGAAAAAGAAUCAAAGCAAGAAACUUUGACUAUUCAACCAAAAAGAAAAUAUGCUUCUCGCCAGAUUAAAAGUGUAAAAGCUGCUGCUAACGAUCCUUUGUAUGCCACACUCAUUUCCACGGAUCAGUCAACGUUUGAAACAGUUACAGUGAAAUCAGUCAAUACGCAUAGUAAAACCAAAGUAAAUAGCAAAGAGAUGAAAUUAGAAUCCAAAAGCCCAGACCAGUUACUGAGUAAAAGUAAAAGUAAUUCAAUGUGCAAAGAGAAAACAUCGGCAACGACACUUCAGAAGAUUGAAAAUGCAAAUUAUGUGCAGGAAAAUAAUGAGAAAAUACAAAGUACCGAACUGAUGAAUGAUGAAGGAUUAAGAAAACAGUAA